AUGCUCACCACCAACGAUCUCCCGGCCCUCGAUGUCAACAGCUACGACUAUAUCAUCGUCGGCGGAGGCACCGCCGGCUGCGUCAUUGCCGCUCGCCUGGCUCAGUACUUGCCCAACAAGCGUGUUCUUGUCAUCGAGGGUGGUCCCAGCGACUUCAUGGAUGACCGCGUCCUGAACCUGAAAGAAUGGCUCAACUUGCUCGGCGGCGAGCUGGACUAUGACUACCCCACCACUGAACAGCCCAUGGGUAACAGCCAUAUCCGCCACUCCCGCGCAAAGGUGCUAGGCGGAUGCUCCAGCCACAACACUCUCAUUUCGUUCCGGCCAUUUGAGUAUGACUGCCGCAACUGGGUGGCCAAGGGUUGUAAGGGCUGGGACUUUGAGACCUUCACCCGCAUCAUCGACAACCUGCGCAACACCAUUCAGCCAGUGCAUGCUCGCCACCGCAACCAACUGUGCAAGGACUGGAUUCAGGCUUGCUCCACCACUAUGAACAUCCCCAUCAUUGAGAACUUCAACGACGAUAUCCGCAACAAGGGUGAACUGACCGAGGGUGUGGGCUUCUUUAAUGUCUCCUACAACCCGGAUGACGGCCGUCGCAGCAGCGCUAGUGUCGCUUACAUCCACCCCAUCCUCCGAGGCGAGGAGAAGCGACCCAACCUGACCAUCCUCACCAACGCCUGGGUCUCCAAGAUUAACAUCGAAGGGGACGCCGUCACUGGUGUCAAUGUGACCCUCCAGUCUGGUGUGAAGCACACCCUACGUGCGAAGCGGGAGACUAUCCUGUGCGCCGGGGCGGUGGACACUCCGCGCUUGAUGAUGUUGUCCGGUCUGGGCCCGCGCGAGCAACUGUCUUCCCUGGGUAUUCCCGUGGUCAAGGACAUUCCCGGUGUUGGUGAGAAUCUGCUGGAUCACCCGGAGAGUAUCAUUCUCUGGGAACUUAACCGGCCUGUGCCCGCAAACCAGACCACCAUGGACUCGGAUGCGGGAAUUUUCCUGCGCCGUGAACUGCCCAACGCCGCCGGCUUUGACGGCCGUGCCGCCGAUAUGAUGAUGCACUGCUACCAGAUCCCCUUCACUCUCAACACCACUCGCCUGGGAUACGACGAGCCCGUGAAUGCCUUCUGCAUGACACCUAACAUCCCGCGUCCGCGCUCUCGUGGUCGCCUCUAUCUGACCUCGGCUGAUCCAACCGUAAAGCCCGCACUAGACUUCCGCUACUUUACCGACCCGGAGGGUUACGACGCCGCGACUAUUGUGGCUGGCCUCAAGGCAGCCCGUGAGAUUGCCCAGCAGUCACCAUUUAAGGACUGGAUCAAGCGCGAAGUGGCCCCUGGACCCAAGGUUCAGACUGAUGAAGAGCUGUCUGAGUACGGCCGUCGCGUGGCCCAUACUGUGUACCACCCGGCAGGUACCACCAAGAUGGGUGACGUGGUUCGCGACCCUCUGGCGGUCGUGGACCCCCAACUGAAGAUUCGGGGCGUGAAGAACGUCCGCAUCGCCGAUGCCGGUGUCUUCCCGGACAUGCCCAGCAUUAACCCCAUGGUCACCGUGCUGUCGAUUGGCGAGCGAGCGGCCGAGCUCAUUGCCGAGGACGCUGGCUGGACUCGCUCGCAGCCCCGUCUGUAG